AUGUCUGAUAACUCUCCUCGGCGUUUGUCUCGCCUGCACAGCAUCAGCCAUAGCAAUGGCACCAGCACUUCUAGCCCUCCGAAAGCCGCCGCCCAGGCUGCCGGGGUCUCGAAGACUCGCAUGGGCAACCGGUCUCAAGGGCCGAUCCAUGCCACCGCCGGCGGCGCGCCCCCUAUCGUCUCUCCAAAGUUCAAGACGAGGCGGGCAUUGACGCAGGCCAUCAAAGAUGCGCUAGGCCCCGCGUAUAUCAGUCCUCCUGCCUCUGAUAAAAAGGCUGCUGCGCCGGCGGACAAGAAGAAGAAGGACGAGGACGGGUCGGCCAGUAGUCCGAAGAAGGCUACGGGUAAAGGGAAGAAGAAGGUCUGGUCGAAGAAGGAGGAAAAGAAGACGAAGGCAACCACGCCCGCUGUGACAAAGAGGAAAGUCACGGCGAGGAAGGACAACGCUGAGCCAGAAAAGACGAGUCCCGCCAAACCGGAGAAGAAGACAAAAGCCGCAGCAAUGGCAAAGGCGGCGGCGAAGAAACCCAAGGCCACGGUCGUGGUGGACGAUAGUGCGGACUCUGACGGUGCAGCCACUGCUGCUGCGAAGAAGGCUACGCGCAAGGCGCGAGACACGACUUCUAAAAAGGCGGCUGCGACGAAGCAGGAGGCCAAGGAUGAUGAUGAGGACAAGCAAGACAAGCAGGGGAAGACGAAGGAGAAGAAGGAAGCGAAGAAGUCGAAGGACGACGUGACGCGCAAAGGGCGGACGAAAAAGACGACAGCAUCCAGGAAGAAGCCCACAGCAGCGGCGAAGGACAAGGCUGAUAUCGAUACCGCGACGAUCAAGAAAACCCCCACAGCUCCAAAGCCGGAAUCCAAGAAGAAGGCGGCUCCAAAGAAGGAGGCCAAGGUUAAAACCACAGUUGAAUCCAAAGCUAUCAAGAGGGACAACAAGCCCAAGACUGCCGCCACCGACGCAAAGAUUUCGAAGGUCACCAAGAAGGCGCCCGCGAAGAAAGCAGCCCCGGCAGCCAAGAAGGGCGCUGGGAAGUCCACGGCUCCUAAGAAAUAG